AUGCCAGACCUGUCAGACCCCAGAACUUCCCUUAUAAAGCCACCCAGAAGUGCGUGCCACAACUGUCGUCGAGCUCGGUUGCGGUGCGACCGCUCAGUGCCCGGCUGCGAAAAGUGCCAUGCGCGAGGCCAAAUAUGUCUCGGCUACGGGCUCCUCCUCCGGUGGACUACUACAAACACAGCUGGCGGGCCACCCAGUCAAGUCUCGAAGCCACGCCCCUUGAGUAGAGAAGUGGAGAAGGAUGCUGCCUUGACCCUCCGUCCGCGCUCCGUGGGAGGAGCAGAAGCUGUCAACAUGGGUUUUCCCUCGUCCAUCCAAUUCUCGCUUGCGGAUCCUUUGCUGCAGGAUAUUGGGCCGGGGAACCGAUUGUAUAUUAGUCAUUUCGACAGGUCUGUCUGUCAGGACCUUGUCUCUUUCGACCGCGAGGCCAACCCUUUCCGCUUCAUGCUCCCACUCCUACACAACUUCUCGUACCUGCGCGAGAUCAUCCUCGCGACAUCGGCAGUGCACAUGGUCGCAACCUACCGCAGCCGUGGCGUGCCCCACCAGCAGCAACUCGUGGACGCUCUAACCGCCAAAGGCAGGGCAUACCACCUGCUUCGCCAGGCCCUUGACCAUUUGGACCCCGCCAAUCGACCAAUCAUUAUGAUUGCCGUCGUUUUCUUUAUCAACUUUGAUUUGAUAGAAUCUGGGCGAGGAAAGUGGAAAACUCACAUACAAGCCGCCGGGAAAUUACUCAACUCCAUCCAGAGUCUCGGAAGUGCCGGCUUGCCUUCAGGCGUCGCCAAGCUGGCUGACAUUGUUGUCGCUGAUUGUAUCACGUAUCACAUCUUGGGUUCAGUGUUUGCCAACCCGGAGGAUACGUCAAUGUCCGUGUUCAGACCCGUGGAAAUUGUAUCGGCACUGGAGAAAGCGGCGGCGUUCAGCUAUGGGUGCGCAGCUCCUUUCGUCAUGGAUAUCCUGCUCAAGGCAAGCAGACUCUCUCCCUCUGACUUGACCGAGGCUGUGGCCUUGUUUGAAGACCUACUCGCAUUCGAUGUUAUCACCUGGGUGUACAGCAUCGAAGAUCUCUCAGCUCUCGACAAUCUUGAAAUCCGGGUCCACAUGGCCAACGUCCAGCGCCUCGCCGCGUGCAUGUACAUCCUUCUCGCUGUGCCAGGCGUUGGAGAUGUGCUGCACACCACAACGGACUCACUGCAUCGCGGCCUGCUCAACCACAUUGCAAAGGUCCCUAUGGACCACCCUCUCGCCAAGGGGCUGGUGUGGUCGACGUUCAUGGCUGGUGCCCAGGCCGAUGACCCCGGCAGCAGGCAGUGGUGUCUCUCGCGCAUGCAAGCCAUCAGGUUUGCAACGUCCUUUGUGUGUCCCUGGGGCUAUGUCGAGUCAGCUAUAGAUAUGCUCCAGCGUAUAUGGGAGGCCAGGGAUAGACGACUUCAGGAUGGUGAAGAGACUGGGAACUGGUUGCAGGAAAUGAGGGGGAUAACGGACCCUUGCUUGAUUGUGUGAAGGUCAUCUUCAUUCAUUUGUACGUAGAUCCUCCUCAUCUCAGGAUAAUAGUAAUGAUUAUUUUUUUUGG